ACAACUGUUUAUUUUUUUAUAGCUCAUCAAAAUCAUCGCUUUGUGUGCCAGUGUUUAUGCUUUUCUGUGAUUGUGGUCGUUUGGAAGAAGAAGUUUAAUAGAUACGAAUCGAGGUAUACAAGUACCUAAUGCCGGGUGAAUAUAAGUAAAAAUCUAUUUAUUACAAACUAUACAGCUCUUAGAUACAUUUAAAAGAAAAACGUCAAUUAUGUACAUCGUAAUCGGGAAAUACAAACAUAUCAUUUUAAAUUAGACAACAAUAACAAUUAAAAAUAAAGUGUGAUGUGAAAUUAAUAUCCGAUGACAGAAGACGGUGGCGAUGUCAACCAGUGUGAAAAAGAGGGGGAAGAAAAGUGGGAGGAACAAUUCAAAGUGCAAAAAGUGAUUACGUGGAGAUCUCUCAAAAAAGUGCGCGCGACUUUUGCUGGAGGGGGGUUUACAAAAGGAGGAUCGGUUAAAAAAUUUCGCGGUUAUAUCCCGAACGCGUCGGCCGGGUCGAUGUGUGGGUUUUUGAGGUUAGAACGGUUGGUAUUGGGUGUGUUAUUUUUGGUGACGCUGGUGGGAGCCAGUGAGUUUCCGGAGAGAGAAUGCUGCGAUCCCGUGUAUCCCCCCAACACUGCUACCACUGCCGUUGUGCCCAUCACUCAGCCAGUCAGCAAGCCACCAGGUUCAGGAGUUGGAGCAGGGUCGUUCAAAACGCUGGCGAUAUUGAACUGCCUGUUGGCCCGUCAACUCUGCUUCGAGGACGCCUCCUGCUCCGCCAUCUUGGAAAUCAUCCCGCGUGUCUGUGGCUCCGAACUCGUGGCUUGCUCGACGGUAACUGUGACGAAAUGCCAAGCCGCCCUGAAGACCCUGCAAGCGUUCCCGUUCUUCAAGCCGACUUGCCUCUGUAGAGAGCCCAACGUGGACCCUGAGUGCAACUCCUUCCGAGACUUCCUGUUCGACCACCCCUGCGUCUUCGUCACGAAGAAGGAAAAGGACCCGUACCCUGUGGAGACCCUACCGACCUGCAACUAUGCCAUGACUGUCUGCCAGAGUGAGAAGGCUUGCACAGCGCUGUAUACCCGUUUCAAGAGUGCUUGCAAGAAUCAUGAGGGCGAGUGCAGGAUGGAGGACAAGGAAGCGUGCCGCGAGGCUUGGGCCGGACUACGGCUGUCCCCCGUGUUCGGCUGCAUUUGCCCCAACACCUACAUGAAGAAGCGGUGUGACCGCGUCUUUACCACCGUCAACCAUAAUCCCUGCGUCGCGGCGUGGGCCGAUUGCCCGCCAGCGGUCCGCAAGCUGUUUGAAGCCCCGCGGAGGCCCACCGCUCGAGCGCCCCCUCUGACCCGCUACGCCGCGCCCGACGGUACCAUCCUGCUCCUCACCGAGAACGGGACCAGGCUGAUGACUCGAGCUGCCGCCGCAAGCCUCCUGCGCGCCGCCCUCCUCUCCCCGCGACCCCCUCGGCCCCGCCACGUAAAGCUGAUGUCGGAGGGAUGGACCUCGAAUUGGAACGGAUCAGAUGUGACGUCAUGGAUCGGCGGUAUGUCCAUAACACAGGAUGGCAACCUGAUCGCACCGGACAAACUUUUGACGCACGUACACCGAUACGCGAGUCCUCACUACAACCCCCAAGGACACCAUUACCGCCGCUGGAACCAUGAGCCGGGGGGGAGUGAAGACCCCCUAUAUGCCACCAAGACCGUCUACGGCCCGGGAUACAUUGAUGAUAACCAGAAAAUUGGCAAGGAAAACGGUAAAUCAGGUGAUGAGAAGACAGCGCUGCAAUCGACCUGCCACCUAGCCUUGGACUACUGCAUCAAGGACGCUGACUGCAUGAGGUCGUUGACGCCGGUGCUGCAGACCUGCCCAGUGGACAAGUGUGACCGGGAGGGCUGCAUGGAGGCCCUGCGCGACUUCUACAGGAAGCCCGAUGUCCAUUGGAAUACAGAGAUCGCUUUUUGUCUCUGCAAGAAAACCGACAACCGCGACGACUCCUGCAUGAACGCUCAAGAGCGCCUGCAUCCAUCGUGCGCCCAGCGUCCACCGUCCGGAGCCCCUUUGCCUGCCUGCCACAUCCUGGCUCAUGCCUGCCGUGAAGACCCUGAGUGCAGAGUCCGCCUCGAAAACUAUGAGCAGUGGUGUGCCGUGGACGCCGUGACGCAGGGUUGCGCCGGCGCACCGAGCGCGUGCCGCGCGGCCGUGGUGGCCGUGCUGGGCACACAGCUGAGGGCCGCAUGCGCGUGCCGCGGCACGGACUUCGCCCAGCUUUACGAUUGCCUUGGCUGGCAGCGGCUGCUGUGGUUGAACCCUUGCGUUGUGGAGGCCCAAAGCGACUACCACAUUAAGACGUACGGCCACCUUACGACAAUUGACAACGCCAUCAGCUACAUGACCGUCCCGCCGUCUGUCCGUCAUCACCCCACCACCCACAGACACCCCAAGCAUGAUCAUGAGGAGAAGGCACCUAUUGAGAUCCAGAUUAUCGAACCCGAAAUCCCAAACAUAACAACCCAAUCUCACCCGACUGAAACGCCAGUCGACGCCGAAGAACCUACUGCUGUGGUCAAAACCACGACCGAAACGACCACCGUUGCGACUACUACGACCACCUCGACCACUACAACUACAACCACGACGACCACUACGACCACCACGCCGAGGCCGACCACGACGCUGGAGCCAGCGAAGUACUGUGUGGUGAAGAAACCGGAGAAUGAUGAACAGGCGCAGUAUAUUAAGAUGGGGGAGACCAGACGACUGUAUCGCUCAGCAGAGCUGGCAGAAUGCACGGACCUGUGUUUCUGCGAGGCGACGCUCCAGGUGUCCUGCAAGGUGGCCUGCGUCCCGCGGGCUCCGUGCUCGUCCCGCCUGGCGCACUACUCCCACGCGGCACCGGCGUACCAAGCUUAUAGAGGGCGCUGUUACUGCUACUCGGGGUCUUUCAUCUGCAUGAGACCUAACCCCGGAGAAUACAAGCUUCCAGAAGGGGUCUACCUGUUGCUUGGCUUCAGUUCUGUGGACGAGGCCUUGCUGAGGCCCCACACUGGCCUCGGAGCUGAGGAUGCUGUUCGUCUUCUUCAGCAGUACAUGAACGUGGUUGACAACGAUGGGACAAACUGCACCCUAACCCUGUUCAACAUCAGCAAUGAGAACGUCAUCAUUUCGGCGAGCGUGCCGCCCAAGGAGCAGGAGCUCCUGAGGGACGCUGGAGAGGCUCUGCUGGACAGGGAGAAGGAGGAAUGCAUCGACGUCCUCAAAGAGGUGAAGUCUCGCAUCAACUCCCAACACGAAGACAUCUCCUCCCAUCUCUUACUCUCUAUCUUCAAGAUCGCCGAGGUCGACGUGGUCUACCCCGCGCCCCCCUCCGCCUCUCACUCCCUUCAGCCCACCGCCACCCUCUACACCCUUAUCGUCCUUCUCACUCUUCUCUACAACUUCGAAGACUUCUUCUCUUUUACACUUCCCAACAAAACCGUCAAUUGUUUCUCGAAUUUACUCGAUGGUAAGGGCUAUCAUUCCUUAGAUAUUUACUUCAAACAGAGAUAUAUUUUAAAAGAUUUUGUAUCUAUUUUAAAGAGAUAUGACAUAUAUGUAGCUGUUGAGAACACUUGGCACCAUGCACUCGCUUUAGAUAAAGCACGAACGAAACAUAUCACAAAUGAUUUAGUUGUAAGUGUAAUAGGUGUACUUAUAGAUAAUUGUAAGAAAAUGAUACAUAUCAUAAAAGCUGUGAGUAUUACAAUAUUUACUAAUUUUAACGUACUUGUUGCUGAUGCAAUUAUACCUAAAUAUUUUUCUAGAGAUGUGUAUUACCAAAUUGGAUGUACUGUAAAUUAUUCGAGGCUUUUUGAUGAUUUCCGUUUUGAAGAUGUCGCGUCCUCUACUUAUGGGAUUCUGAAAUCCGCUAGCUUAGGACUCUAGUGGUAGAUCGAAGACUGUGAUGAACUAAACAUAUCAUAGUUAAUGUAUUUCGUUUGAUUUUCGUCUAGUACUGGUGCUUGUUAGUGGAUCUUAAAAGGCUGGGUUUUGUAAAUAAGUGUAUCAUCGCCUUUUACACCGUUAUUAGUUCUUUUUAUAUCUAUAGUAGAUAUUUCAUUAUGCAGCAGACGUAAGUUCACUGUACCUUUUUCUUAGUUACCAGAAAUAAUUAAAUUUUUAUUUUUUUAUCUGUUCAUAUAAUUAAUCAAUAAUCUUAAGAGCGAGGUUUUUGUCUUGUACUCUGUACCCUACUAUAGAUUUUGCGUCACUGUACGACACGAAUUUGCAUUGUCUUUUAUUCAAAAUAUGUUUUAAAAAACAUUGGUGAUAUAUUUAUAAGAUACCUUUAAUUUAUAAAGCAGCAGAAAGAAAUCAACAAAUUGUCUCUCAGUGAAAACUUGGUUGUGAUUGUGAACAUUUCACAAGAGAUACACUGAUACAGAUACCGUAUCACGCCUUUUAUACCUUACGGGGUAGACAGAGUCAAGAGUUGAGUAGAGAACUCAAAAGUCAUAUUUAAUGGAUCAUUGCUAACCUUGAACAUGAAUAGGUUAUACAAUAGCAUAUAAUAAUAUCCAAUUUAUAGCUCUUUCUUAUUGGCUUUUACAAUUUUGCGUUUAGUAAGAGAUGAGAGCUAUCCCAAUCGUACAGAAGGUACUUUUUAUAUUUCCGAAUUAGUUCCGUAAAAUAAAUAAAAGUUUUAUUAAAUGUUAUCAGUUGUUAAUAUACAUAAGAACUAUGCUAUUGAAUUCUCCACCGACUAAAGCAUAUCUUUUAGUAGAAAGAACAAGAAUAAAUGUUAUCGUAACGAAUUGAGAACCUCCUUUCUUAUUUGUAUUUAAGUAAAAAUAAAAUUUUGUAUACCUCAAGCUUUAAUUUUACCACUAAAUGUGGAGUAGUCUGUGUCUGCUGCAUGAAAAUAAUCCUUAUUUCUUUUACCAAUAGGUAUAGUUUGGUGUACUCGUAGUGGUUUAUACGCCUUUCUGUUAGACGACUGUAGUAGAUUACAGAUCAAUGUGAAUGCACCAUUAGAAGGUACAGUGGCGGACAAAAUUAAUGGCAUAUAAUAUUACAGACAGUAAGUAAGUAUAUUUGUAUUAUUUAGUCAUAUAAACUAUAGACUUUUUUCUUGGGAACCGGGAAAAAUUUAAAUAAAUAACUUAGAAAGAAUCUGAGAUGAAAAUAAAGAUAUAUAUUUCUUUUCAGUACUUACGAAAUCUCCAAAUAUAUUAUAACAACAACAUUUAUUGUUAUAAAAUAAAAUUGGUUGCAGUAAAAUUUACAACGUUAGCUACAGACAAUGCUCUUAUAAUUUUUUUCAUUGGUCCGUAACAUUCACAAAUACUCGUAUACCUAGGUAUACGGAAUAUAUUAUGAUUGCUUACGAUGGGAUUUUUAUUUUCUGCAUGCGAAUACAAAUAUUCACGAUUAUUUAUUUCAAUUCAUAUCUAUUACAACGGAUAUUUUUAUACCAUAGCCAAAAAUAAAUAAAUUCAAAUAACAUAUUUUUUUUUGAUACGUUUUUAUUGACAGAGCUGACCAAAUUCAAGUUGAUAUUUGUUCGCUCGUUAAAUUUAAUUUUUCAAAUAAUGGUAUCGAUUAUGAUUUCAACAUACUAGAUAUUGCCCCGAGCUUCGCUCCCGUGGGAUAUUUGAUAUAAAAUAUAGCCUUUAGCAAUAUUUAAUAAGGUACCUCUCUAAUGGUGAAAGAAUUUUUGAAAUCGGUUCGGUAUUUUCGGAGAUUUCCCGCCUCAAAAAUACAAAUUCACAAACGCUUACCUAUUUAUAAUAAUAGGAUAUAUUUAUUUAGCGCAAUUAUUUAUGUCCGCCACUGUAUCCUCAUAGUUAAAGUUAAGUAGUGAACACUUAGAUUUAAUGUUCCGGGACAUUACACUAUAGGGUACCUACGUAAUGUGUUAAAAUGGUAAAGAUGGAAGCUUUAAUUUGAGGUAGAUAUAGAUCUUGUGUUCUGUAAUGAUAGUUAGUACAAGUACUUAGAAUACUGUGUACAAAUCUAUUAUGUUAGAAAGCUUCAUCUGGUAUAGGUCACUUUGACAAAAAUACUGUUUAAAAAUAUAUGUCUAACUAAUCUAUGUGAAACAGUCAAGAGUGAAAUAAUAUAUAUA